ACUGAAACAAGAAUUUUUUUAUUUUUCCUAGAUCGACACCUAUGAAAAGCUGUAUUCUGAAGUGGAUGAGGUGGAGGGAACAAAGAUCUUUGAUACAUGGUUCCGUGUGGAUGCCAGACCCUUCAAACAAGCGUUACUGAAUAUCAUCAAACGAUGGAGCUAUAUGUUCAAACAACAUCUUAUUGAUCAUGUCACAAACAGCCUGAACGACUUGGCAGAAUUCAUUAAAGUAGCAGAUGUUGGUUUGACACAGCCUGUAGAGGAAGGAGAUUACAACGGCUUAGUGGCUGUCAUGGGACACCUCAUGGCUGUCAAGGACAGACAGACAGUGACUGAUGAAAUGUUUGAGCCACUUAAACAGACUAUUGAACUUCUCAAGACAUACGGACAAGAAAUGCCAGAGGAAGUACACACACAGCUUCAGGAACUUCCAGAACAGUGGAACAACACCAAGAAGAUUGCUGUGACAGUGAAACAACAGGUAGCUCCUCUCCAGGCCUCUGAAGUCGCCAUCAUCAGACGAAAAUGUGGACAGUUCGAUAUCAAACAGCACGAAUUCAGAGAGGACUUCCGCAAGACAGCUCCAUUCCAAUUCGAUUCCACGAAUUAUUACGAUCGCUUAGACAGGGCCAACUUCCAGAUCUGUGCCAUGGAGGAAGAAAUGAACGCGCUUUCCGAGUCCGCCGGCCUAUUUGAGGUGAACUUCCCUGAUUACAAACAGCUUCGUGCAUGCCGCCGUGAAGUGUCCCUUCUCAAACAGCUCUGGGACAUGAUUGAAGUUGUUUUAAGCAGCAUUGACGAGUGGAAGUACACACUGUGGGCCGACAUCAACGUAGAGAACAUGGAAAUGGAGUGUAAGAGGUUUGUGAAGGAGAUCCGGGGACUUGACAAAGAGAUGCGUGCAUGGGACGCGUUCACUGGACUGGACUCUACUGUCAAGAACAUGGUGACGUCAUUAAGGGCUGUGGGAGAGUUGCAGAAUCCGGCCAUCAGGGACCGCCAUUGGCAACAACUUAUGCAGGCCACUAAAGUGAAAUUUGUCAUGAAUGACGAUACUAACUUAGCUGAUCUGCUGGCCCUCAACCUGCACAACUUUGAAGACGAAGUGCGUGGAAUCGUGGACAAGGCCACAAAAGAACUGGGAAUGGAGAAAGUGCUGAAGGAACUGGAUGUCACUUGGUCGCAAAUGGAGUUUGAAUAUGAAAGCCACUUAAGAACCGGUAUUCCAUUGCUCAAGUCAAGCGAGGAAUUGAUUGAAACUCUUGAGGAUAACCAGGUGCAACUUCAAAAUCUAAUCACAUCCAAGUACAUUGGGCAUUUCUUGGAAGAAGUCUCUUUGUGGCAGAAGAAGUUGUCUGUGUCAGACUCUGUAAUCUCCAUUUGGUUUGAGGUGCAAAGAACUUGGUCUCAUUUGGAAAGUAUCUUCAUUGGCUCUGAAGAUAUUCGUAACCAGUUACCUGAGGACUCCAAGCGAUUCGACGGAAUUGAUGUUGACUUUAAGGAGUUGAUGAAAGAGGCCGCGGAAAUCCCGAACGUGGUCAAUUGCUGCAACAGAGAAGGACUGUACGAGAAGCUGGAAAACUUACAAGAAAGAUUGUCGCUCUGUGAGAAAGCCUUGGCCGAGUAUCUGGAGACCAAACGUCUUGCUUUCCCGCGCUUCUACUUCGUGUCGUCUGCAGACUUGCUGGAUAUUCUCUCUAAAGGCAACCAGCCUAUUGAGGUUAGUCGUCACUUGUCCAAGUUGUUUGACAACAUGGCGAAACUGAAGUUUGUAGAUGAUGCUGAUGGUAACCCCACUAAGGAAGCUGUUGGGAUGUACAGUAAAGAAGGUGAAUAUGUGGACUUCAACAAGCCUUGCGACUGUUCAGGACAGGUGAAAAAAUAUUUGGGUUUAUUUCUCUAG